CGACAAAAAAACUUGUCAACUUAUAACAGUUUGUAAAAUAACACUAAGUGCUUAGUAAAACACUGUAAUGUUUAUUUGAAUCAUUUAAAAACACCCAAGCUAAAGAUGGAUGAUAUUAAAAACUUAUUAAAUUAAAUUACUAAAUUAUCAAUUAAAUUAUUCAUCAUAUAUUGGAUUAGUUAACGUCAACAAUAAUUAUAAAUAUGGGGAAAUAAUUUGACCGACUUUAUGAUAGAUAGUUCUUCGCUAUUUUUCAAAAAUAAAAAAUCCACACGGUUCAGUCUGUUUUAAACAAUGCUUAAUGUGCCUGUCUUCAAGUCAGUAAUAUAUGGUACUAGAAAGUAUGUGAUGCUGUUGAAUACUUCAUCACCUCAAGAAAUUCUACUUAUCCGACUACUCUUCGUUGUUUGUGUAAUUCUCUUGGUAAUCAAUCCCAGUUUAACAUAUUCAACUUCUCUGAAGUCUGAACAAACUCACCUAGUAGACAAUAGAAGCUUCGAAGGAGGCGGGGGAAAUGGAGAAGACAAAGAAAUCGGCUUGGUAAGGCACCCACGGUUAAUUAGUACAUCAGCAGUGGCAGCGGCAGUUGCAGUGGGUCAGCAUCAAUCACGCUUAUUCAGUUAUGAAGUUGUUGAAGAGUCAAAACGUGGUACAUUUGUUGGCAAUAUAAUCACGGAUUUAUUGACAGCAAUCUCUAGUGAUCCAAAAUAUGCAACAACGACAAAUGAUGGUAAUAAUGAUAAUAGACAAGUUAUUAUUGAUCCCAAAUCAAUUCACUUAUCAAUUACAAAUUGGCGUGAAUCAAAUAUUAAACAUUUCAUUUUAGAUCGGUAUACAGGUGAAUUACGUGUAGCGAUACCACCGGAUCGUGAAGUGAUAUGCCAACGAUCUAGUUUAAACAUGAAUACUACUCAACAGUAUGAUAAUUAUGUAACCAAUCUAAUUAAUAAUCCAUAUGAAAUACAAGGUACACUAGCAUCAAAUGAUCCGUGUAUUGUAAUUUUACAAAUUGCUUAUAAUAUUCAAAAAACAUCAACAGAACCAUAUAUACCUAUGUUAUUCAAUGAACCCGGUCUAAUUGCUGUUAAUAUACGCAUACUGGAUAUUAACGACAAUGCUCCACGUUUUCCACAAUCCCGUCUACUUGUAGAAUUAGGCGAAAUAACAUCAAUACCAGAGAAAAGUAUCAUUGAAAUACCUACAGCGUAUGAUCCAGACUGUGGGAGAAAUGGAAGUAUUAUCUAUUGGUUAGGCAACUUAUCACUGAAACAACAAAAACACGAUAAAUAUAAAACAACACUGAAUGAAAUAAACAGCAUAGAGGAUAGUAACAGUCUACCGUUUCGUUUAGAAAACAAUCCAUCAUUACGCUUAGUUUUAACACAAUCAUUAAAUUGGGAAAGUAUAAAAGAGUAUAGUUUUCAAAUUUAUGCUAAAGAUAUGGGUGAGAUAAUUUCACUUACUGGACAUAUUGAUAUACAUGUUAGUGUAAGGGAUGAAAAUGAUAAUCCACCAAAAUUUAUUCAAUCUGCAUAUUCAGUAACAAUUAAUGAAAGUACAAUACGUGGUUCAUUGAUACUUGAAUUACAGGCUACAGAUGAAGAUGGAGCAUCCAACGGACAACUUACAUUCAGUUUAGCUGCCCCAUCAAAUAUGCAAGAACGUUUAGCUUCACAUCAUUUUGGUAUACGAACAAUUUCACCACAGAAAGCUGCCAUCUUCAUUAUACAAACACCUGAUGUAGACAGUGUUAGACGAAAUGCUCUUACUGAAAGGCGAAAUAAAAUUGAUAAUCAUAUACAUUCAACUAAUGAUGCAAUCGAUUUAAAUGAAAGAUAUCAAGUAGAUUAUGUUUUUCAUGUGAUUGUACGUGACAAUGGUUAUCCAAGACAACUGUCAUCAAGAGCUGAGAUAACUGUACAUGUCUUAGAUGUGAAUGAUAUGAGUCCAUCGAUUUCUAUUAGUUACUUGCAUACAUCAUCACCAAAAUCAGUAACGGGAACUGCGAAGUCAACGAGCAUGAAUCCGAAUGAAAGAAUAUCAACUAUUCAAAAUACACAACCAUUCACUGCUGACGAUAAUCAUGGUUUAAUAGCAGAGAAUACUCCUAAAGGAUUUAUAGCAUUUGUUAAUGUACAAGAUUUAGAUUCAGGAGUAUGGGGUCAAGUGGAGUGUUACACAGAUAAUGAUGCCUUUGAAUUGAUUCCAGUUAGCAGUACCGGGAUGAGUGGUUUAUUCACCUCAGAAAUGUCAGAUAAUCAGAACAAUUUCCUGACCUUAAAUAAUUAUUCACCAGGAUCUUAUCAGUCAACCAAAUCUACAGAUGGUGAAUAUGAAUUUAAGCUAUUCUCAACAAAACCGUUCGAUCGAGAAAAAACUUCAGAUGUCUUUUUUCAUAUUAUCUGUGUAGAUAAUCCACAAUCCCAGUAUUUCAGACCAUCUCCUUCUUCGCCUUCUGCCGCUGCAUCUAUCAGCGCUUUUUCUUCCUCCGCUUCCUCGUCAAUGAAACAUACUCAGUCAAUUUAUCAAACAGGUGAAUAUACAAGUCAGUAUUUUCGUCAGUCUCCUACUCCAACCUUAUCCUAUUUCACUCGAUCAAAAAUUGGUAGUAAUAACAAUAACAAUAAUCAGUUAACAGGAACAGCAUUAGUUCGUGUAUUCAUCGCUGAUGACAAUGACAAUAAGCCACAGUUUACACGUGAUGAGUACACCUUUUCAAUAGAUGAAAUUGAUGCAUUCAAUAACAGAAACACUGAUUCAUCUCAACAACACCAACAGACUACAUUACCGAAUCCAAUUUUAAUUGGUAAAGUAACAGCUAGUGAUAAAGACACUACUGGUCAGUUGAAGUAUUUCAUUCCAGUGGGAAAUGAUGACAACAAUAAUGUGGAAAAUAGUAAUAAUAAUAAUAAAGCUUUAACAGCCUUCAGUGUACAUAAUACAGAUGGUAGUAUUUACGCUAAUCAAUUAUUUGAUCGAGAAGAUAUAAUAGAAAAGUAUAAAUUAAACGAGAAAAUUUCAAAUUCACCGCUGCUGACAAUUGAAAUGAAUUCAGCAGAUCAAUUCGUUUAUUUAUGCUUUCCAUUAUAUGUUACUGAUGGUUUAUAUAAUGCGAGUACAAAAAUUCGUGUACUUAUCAAUGAUAUUAAUGAUAAUUUACCGAUAUUUGAAAAAGCCAAUUAUGAAUUUAAUGUUGUUGAAAAUGAACAACCAAUGAAAGGUAUACCGAUUGGUGUUAUAAAAGCCAGUGAUUUAGAUAAUUCAGGUAAUGAGAAUAUCAUUUAUCAAUUAUUUGAUAUUGAUUCACCAACAAUACUGUCGUCGUCAGCAUUUUCAUCCUCUCUAUCGUCAAAUGUGUCAUCAAUGCUGCAACACGAUCCAAUUCAGAAUCUUCAACAUUUAGCCAACACCUAUUUCACCAUUAGUAUGACAUCAGGUCAAUUACAUUUAAUACGUAAAUUAGACAGGGAGUAUCAAAGUCAUCAUAUAUUCUAUGUGUUAGCUAUUGAUAACCCAUUGCAAAGCUCACGAUACACAAAUACAGCUAGUAAAUUAGGUGAAGCAUACAAGACAAUUCGAGUGAAUACAGCAACAGCGACAGUCACAGUUAUCGUCACCGAUGUCAAUGAUAAUCCACCGACUAUAACUUAUCCAUCACCGCAUGAAAUUAUUAAUAUUGAAGCUGGUGCACCAGCUGGACAUAAUUUAUUCACUGUACUUGCACAGGAUCCAGACGCUGGUGAAAAUGGUACAAUCAGAUUUAGUUUAACUACAGUCAGUUAUACAUCGAAUAAUAAUAUCAAUAAUAAUAAUAAUAAAUUACUAACAAGUAAUACAGGAAAUCAAACAGCGAAACUUUUAAAAGACGCUAAAAUCUCAUCAGAUUUAUUUACAAUUGAUGAGACCAGUGGAAUAGUCUUUUUAACAGAUAAACUUACGGAUUAUUCAGCAAAUUAUUUAGUUUUAAUUACAGCACAAGAUAUGGGAUAUGCAGUUCAACGGAAGACUACAACAACUGUAACUAUUCGAGUCCAGAAUAGUAAUCUUCUCCAAGCGUUGAAUGCGUUCAAACAGUCACAACAAAAUCCAGACGAGUAUGGAGAUUAUGCUAAAUUUUCUGAUAUCGAAAAACAACAACUUUCCCUAUCAGAGUACAAUGUUAAUUCACCAGAAUCCUCCUAUCUGGGAAUAUAUUCAUCGCCAUCAUCAUCGUCUUCAAUGAAAACAGUUAACAGUCAACACAUUAACAAUAAUCUGUUAAAUUCACCGGAUCAAUUAACACUUGAAAGUGAAAAUCGUUAUGGUAGACUAAGUAGUAUAAAUCGUCGUACGGAGAAUCGAUACAUCAAUCUGUCUGAUCAAACAAUCAUAAUCACAUUAGCUUCAAUAUUUCUACUAUUAUUCUUUACUACCUUAAUACUGAUCUGUUUAAUAAAACGUAGACGAGAUGUAGAGCAGAGGAGGCUGGAAAGAGAGAAGAAUAACUAUAAUGGUCCUACAAAUAACAUUCAUGGUACACAGACAAGAUUAGCCUCUCCAGCAUCCAAUAGUUUACAUUGUUCAAACAGUCCAAAAUAUAAUGAAUUAAACAAUUUACCAAAUUUAUAUCCUUUAAUACUACAUGAUAAAUUCGAUAGUGAGACAACGCCACGUACAGAUUUCAAUGAUCAACCAGAAGAUUAUGAUUCGACGAAUAUGCCAAGAAUUUAUGAAACUUCUCACAGGAAUAAUUCAUCAACACCAAAUUUAGGAAUGAUUUUAUCGAGUAAUGGCUAUCAGGAAUUGUAUUCACCUAAUCUACUGGAUUCUGAAACUUCUGCAAGAAGAAAUCCUUUGGAUUCUGACUCUUUGAAUAAAACACGUGAAACAAUGAAUAAAUCAGUCAAUUUUUUAGCUUUAAUUGACCCACCGGCAUCUUCAUCAGCCUCACCAACGAGUAAAACACUACCCAUCAGUGGUUCAAUAUCAACAUUUUAUAGAAACAGUCAAACUCCACCACCAAUUAACACUAUCAAUCGGGUAUCAACACAAGAUGUUGUCACAUUUACACCGGAACAACAUCGUCAAAAAUUAGUUAGAUUAAAACAAGUCAAUGAAGUCAAUAGGGAGAGUGGAUCACAAUAUCAAACAAUUAAUUCAUCGUUUAUCACACUUCCAUCAGGUCAUCAUAUCACCUCCUAUGAUAAAAUGAAAUCAUUAAAAUAUGGAGUGAACAAUACAAAUCUACAUUUAUUGCCUUAUUUGACAGAACUAACUAAUAAUAAUAAUAAGCAUGCUGAUGUAACUCAGAGUAAAGAUGCCACCAGUGUAAAUUCUGAAAUGACAAAUAAGCCACAACAACAGCAACAGACUUUCCUCUUCUACGACGUAUCAGCUGACAAUAACCAGAAGGACAGAAUACUAAUGCAUAAUAACCAGGCAAUAGAAAAGUGUUGUCCAAACAACCAAUCAGAAGACAACAGCACAUUAAUCUCCUUUAAACAAAUCCCGCCUUCUUUAAAAUCUACUCCACAUGAUCAAGUCAAUGAUAAUGAUGAUGAUGAUGGUGAAAAAACGUUCUCAACUUUGUCUACAACCAUGGGUAGCAAUACUACUCAAAAAUUGAAAAAUAGCAGUCAUGGUGACAAUAAUAGAACAAACAGUACAGAUAGUCAAUCGAUCAAUAUUCUGAAUAAAGCCAGCUCACUGAAAAGAAAUACGACAAUGAGUAAAGGAGUAUCAUUUGUAUAGAAAUAUACAUUUUGUCCAUUUUUAUUUACUUAAACAAGAAUAAAUUCUCCUAAUUAUGAAGAAAAAAUGUCUGAUGAGUACACUGCAAAAAAUUUUAGCUAAAUUAUACAUUUUCUUUUAGCUGGAGCUUCCAUACUACUUGCAUCCAUCAUUUUAGUAGUUUUCUGGUUGGACAGCAAAGCUGGAGAAUCACUUCCAGAUGCAUACAAAUUUCUUUCAGAUGAAACUGAAAACUUGAGCUAACAGUUUAUUCCAAGGAUUUUGCUGUUCCCCUCUUCUCUCCGGCCACCUUAACUACUCUAGCCUCUUGAAUGUAUAUAAUUACACUAUGCUCAGUAUUUCCCCCUUUUUCGUUCAUGUGUGUGUGUUUGUGUGUAGAAAUGAAUUCUUCGUCUUUUCUUCCUCUAUUUGUUGAAUCUCUUCAAAUUUUGCUGUUGUAAUUGUUGUUGCUGCUGUUCCUUCAUCUGUUUAACUUUAUUUUACUUUAAAGUUGUAUAUUUUUGAAUUCAAAGGUUCCACUGGUCAUCAAGUUAUAACUUGAACGAAGAGAGAGAGAAACAAAAUGAGAUGAUUACGCAAAUAUGUCUUUCUCUUGAUUUUGCGCCAGUAAAAAGCAAA